AUGGAUUAUAUGCAGGAACCCUUCGCCUUCCCGGCACAACACCAGCCGCAAAUGUACUACCAGGCGAUACCCUAUCCGCCCUCCUACAUGGCCCAUCCUCAACAGCCACUCGAUGACUUGUAUCCUUCUCUUCGCUACAAUGCUAAUGAUUAUGCCGACUACAUGGCGUCGGGAAUGAUGGCCGAUGAUUUUGGACCGGAAAUGGAAGAGAUCUCGACUCGUCCCAGGCUCACCAAAGAGCAAGUCGAAGUUCUAGAGGCUCAAUUUCAGGCCAAUCACAAGCCCAAUUCCCAGGUCAAAAGACAAUUGGCCAUCCAGACCAACCUCAAAUUCCAACGUGUAGGAAACUGGUUCCAGAACAGACGAGCCAAGGCAAAGCAGCAGAAGCGCCAGGAAGAGUACGAAACUCAAAAGGCGGCCGAGAAGAAAGAACCGACAUCUGGUGAAACAAUCAAGACUCCAAAACCUCGGAUCGCAUCGCCAGUCCGCUCCGUGUCUUCAUCGCCCAGGAAAGCAUCGAUUCCGGCUCGCGACAGGACACCUUCUCCCACGAAGAACCAUGACAGUGCCAAAGAGUCGAGCUGGGAUUCCCUUCAAGCUUCCCUUCAGCGAACUCUCGGUCACCCGAAGGCUCACCAACCCGAGCCAAUGGCACAGCAAAAAGUGCUCAUGAUUCCACCGCAAAUGCCUCAACCUGUGCGACCUAUAGCAGUACAGCUGCCAUUGCGAGUCAGUCCUCACCGGGCCAAUGCGUCAUUGCCAAAUAACUUGCCGGCGUGGACUUCAAGUGCAGUACCGCAGCAUUCCCCGAUAACCUUACAGGACAACACUUUCGACUUUGGUUUUGAUGACGACCAGAUCGACGUACAGAGGAGUCUCCAGGAUGCCGCUCUGGUUGACUCGUUCAUUAACCAGGAAUCAUAUGUCAGUCCGGAGGACCUCCAUGGCGCAUUGACAACACCAAAGGGAGGGCCCCUUCAGCAGAAUGACGCGGUUGACCAUGUACCCUCGCCCGGAUUCAGCUUGCCUUCAUAUCCUGGCUCCCGCCGCCAAUCGACCGCCAUUACAGACGAGCUGUCGCACAAUUUCGGAAACUGCGCCCUCGCCAGUAGUUCUCCCAAUGGGAUGGCUCGGCGUCGACCUUCUGAACCUAUCCAACAUCCAUCUAGCGGGCCUUUGGAUAUCGCUGCGCGAAGGAAACGACCGCGUCCCACACCCUUGGCUUCGGCCUCCCUGCGCAGUCGAUCCUAUGGAGCCCUCACAUCAGUGUCGCCUACUUUCCGACCCAGUGCCGCCGCUCCUGCGAUGCCUCAUUCCAUCCGCCACGUUAAGUCUGCCGGUCAAGCUCUAAACUCGCGCUAUGCCGGGAUCCGCAAGGCGAGCUCUGCCCAACGGUCUCCCAUUACUCCUAGCUUUGCCGAGACUCAGGCCUUUAGUCAUUUGAUGGCACAACAGGCCCUGAAUGCGCAGACUCUGGCAGACUUUCCUGCUCCCGCACUAUCACCAGACAUUGUUUCCAGUGCACAUAUGACAGACCCUGAGAAAAACCCAUUCUUUGGUCACAAUAUGGACAUGUCUGGUCAAUACUCCUUGCAGGGACAGACCUUUCCCGCCAGCACGGCAUCGCCACCGAUCACUCCCCUUCCUUCGGAUUUCAUGAUGGCACGGGGAACUUCACAACAGUCACUCGUUCCGCCUGCGUCAGCUCCUCCGCAAUACGCCUCCUUUCCAGAAUACACCCCACCUUACUCAGCCGGUCCCCUGACCAACAGCAGCUGGUCAGAUGCAUUGACAUCUCCCGAGGUGACGUCGUUUCCGCCGGUGACUUACGUUCCUUCCUUGAAUUAUUCGCAGCAAGGAGACGCCCUUUCGGGUUCUUUUCAGCAGUUUGUCCUGCCGUCCGAUACCACCCCCGAUAUAGACUUCGAGGCUCAGAUGGAGCAAAAGAAGACGGAGUUUUACAUUCAAGAAUUUCCGAAUCAGAAAGAAGAGCACGCUCAUGUCGCUCAACAGCUCGCGCAGCAAAAGCCCAAGAAUUACGUCUUUGCAAACACCGCGCCUCAAGACUAUACAGGCGAAUGA